GCCAAAUAUACGUCGUGCCCUGCCCACGUCACGUCGUCCGGAGGCUUCUGUCGCAUGGAAGAGUGGCGAACGGAACAAUAUUAUCUAUAAGCGAGCACGCCCCUAACAUCGGCACAUGAGCAACAAGAUGAAACCUGCUCUCGAAAUCCUUCUCGAAUGUGAACGCGAACAAAUGGCGCAACGACAGGAAAUGGAGGACAUGAUGCAGCACUCCGAUCUCUUGCGAAGCAUCAGCAACGUCCAUUCGUCAGCACAAGACACUGCCGCGGCACAUGCUGACCACGACCAUCGCGGCGGCGGUCCAGCCAACCACAAACCACUGUCCAGUGGUACAUUACCUCCGCCGGAAAAAAAGCGGCGCCUCGACAAUAUAUAUCCCCAUCAGUUGCAGCAACAUCCUUCUCCUGCGCCAGGUCCAUCCACGUCGGGCUCGAUCGCGUCAACUCCUGGCCAUACCCCCACCAGCCUGACCGACGGCACCUCGUCCGGGCCAUCUCCUGUAAUGACGCCCGUCAUGCCGAAGAAGGCAUGCAAUUGUAAAAAAUCCAACUGCCUCAAACUGUACUGCGAGUGCUUUCAACAAGGGUCGAUGUGCGGCAGCGAGUGCAACUGCCAAGGCUGCCACAAUAGUGCCAACUUUGAAAAUCAGCGGCAGCGCGCGAUCCGUGUGGUACUCGAGCGCAACCCCGUCGCCUUCCUUCCCAAGGUGUCCACAGGCACAAACGCAGUCGCGACGACCAAGUACUUUCGCGGGUGUCGAUGUCGCCGCAGUGGAUGCUUGAAGAAGUAUUGCGAAUGCUUUCAAGCUGGCGUCAAGUGCGGCACGCUGUGUCGCUGCCAGAUGUGCAAGAACUGCAGCCCCGAUGGAGCCACGGACCCCCAUCAUCACCAACUUGCCGACCAGGUUGGCACCCCUCGCGGAGCGGAUCACGCUUCGUCAUCGGCAGCGUCCGAAGCCUCGCCGUCCCGUCGAUCGACUCCAACCAUGCCACUGCCCGUCUUGCCGUCGUGCGUGAUGAAGACAUCGAGACAUCAUGCCCCCACCUCCAACAAACGGAAAAUGCUCUCCUUCGACUCGCAUUCAAAGUACUCGUACAUGAAAAGCAUGCCCGUGCACGGCAAAGGGCAGGACUCGCGGGUCGUCAAGCCUCCUGUAUCGUCCGGUUUGUACCCGCUCGCGGGCACUCUCGCCACGGACGCGUCCAUCCAGAAGAUCUGCCUCGCCCUCGUGAACGCAGCGUGCGUUGACGACCACGACAAAUCGAAACUCGCACCUCACAAGGCACCCCACCAAUCGACCUCGCUUCGGCAAUCGCUCAAGGAAGCCAACUCUGUGGCACGACUGCCUGCGCUGUCCGCCGCGGGUUCGUUCGCGUCCCCCCUCAAGACAACGCCCCCAACGUCGUCGUUCCACUCGCCGUCUGUGGACGCGCUCUUUUGCAGUGAAGACAUGGACUGCACGCCGCAAAAAGGAGGUGGGUCCACUGGCGACGACGACCGACGCAGUGAGCUGCAGGAGAAGGCCGUCUUGCAAGAGUUCAGCGUGUGGCUGCGAAAUCUUGCGACCGCUAGCGUCAACCACAUCGUGGCAGCAGCGGCGCCAAAAACGUAGAAGUGGCGGCAGGGAGAAGUUUAUUUAAUGCUGGGUUCGACUAUCCUACCAAGCGGUCGCAAGGUCCCAAAGUGCUCGAUGGCUUGAGGCUUGGCCACACGUUCGCUUGGACGUGGUGGCGCACCGUGUCAGCGCGCCGAGGUCGUCUCGUUGGCCAGGAUCCACUGGACGGCGUCGUCCACGGCAUCCAGCACGACGUCGGCAGGGUGUUCCGCGUGGUUGGUGUCGGUGAAGAUGCCCGUGCGUACGAGAACACUGGUCCAGUGGUCGCCAGCGUUGUUUGCACCUGGAGUCGAGCACACCAUCGAGUUAUCUGAAACAGGGCACGCCUCCAGGACAUACCUUGGAUGUCGCUGUAUGGAUUGUCUCCAAUGCCGUAGUACCGCUCGAC